CUGAGCGGGUCCGUGAAGUGGAUGAAAACUUGGUCAACAAGCCGCCGCUCGGCUCAGGCACUCAGCACUCAGCCUCAGCACUCAGCCUCAGCUCGGGACUUGUUCUUCAACAUUCACCGCGGAUUAUCUCCUCAUCGUUACACAACUCGUGCUGCCGCCGCUGAAGCGGAGCUGAGAUGCCGCUCCUCCACAGAAAAGCCUUCCUCCGUCAGAAACCUCCCGCCGACCUGCGGCCGGACGAGGAGGUCUUCCUCUGCAAGAUCACACACGAGAUCUUCAGGAGCUACGAUGAGUUCUUUGAGCGGACCAUCCUGUGUAACAGUCUCGUGUGGAGCUGCGCUCUGACGGGGCGAGCGGGCCUCACCUACCUGGAGGCGGUGGAGAGCGAGCGGCGGGCGAAGCAGAGUCUGCAGAGCUUCCCUCCAUCUCUGGUGGUGCCUCUGCUCCACCUGGCCGCACUGAGCCACCGCUGCAGGCUGACAGAGCUCUGCGAGGAUGUCUACGUCUUCGUCAAAGACCGCUUCUUCCCCGGAGAGACGGUGGACGUUGCUGGACGUAACGGAACCAGACAUCUGUGUGAGAUCCUGCAGGUUCACUCUCCUCACUCAAGUGCUAACGGAACGCCAGCUGCUAACGGCCACAUAAAACCAGCGGAGGGCGACACCAUCAUCAUCAGCGACAGCGACGAUGAGAGCAACGCUUUCCAGAGUCCCAACGCUCAGGUCAAUGGCAGGAAGAAGAAGAAGCCUCUCAGUCCGUCAGUGUUCAAAUACACAGUGAGGAUGAUGAUGGGCGAACACAGAGAGCCCUUCACUGUCAAAGCCAAUCAGAUCAGUCGUAGGAAGUCCACAGUGUCCAGAGAGAGACUGAAGCUGCUCUUUAAACAACACUGUGAGCCUCAGAACGGGACCAUCGUACUCAAGUCCUCCACAGUGAUGAAGUACAGUCUGACUGAACAAACGUUCUCUCAGUUCUUCCCUGAUGAGCCCCCCCUGUUCCCCUUCAGCCCCGCCUCUAAAGGUGGAGGGCGGGGCUCACCUGGACAGGCUGGUUCGUCGCUGCUGAAGGCGGCAGAGAAGCUGAAGCUGCUGCAGCAGAGGGAGGAGAUGGCUGCAGCCGCUCAGGACAAAGCUCGACUGAAGAAGGAGAAGGAGGAGGCUCAGGAAGCCAAGAGGAGGGAUAGGGAGGACAGAGAGAGGUUGAAGGAGGAGCACAGGAGGAGGUUUGAGGUGGAGAAACAGAGGAGGAGGGAGGAGAAGGAGCGCAGGAAGCUGGAGAAGGAGAAGGAGCGGGAGAAGCUGAAAGAGGAGAAGAAGAAGUAUGCAGAACGUCUGAAACUAUGGAACAAACCCAGAGAAGACAUGGAGUGUGAAGACCUGAAGGAGCUGCCCAGUCCAGUUCCAGUGAGGACUCGUCUUCCAGCCGAACUCUUUGGAGAUGCUUUGAUGGUUCUGGAGUUCCUGCGGGCAUUCGGCGAGGUCUUUGAUUUGAAGGACGAGUUCUCUGACGGAGUCUCUCUGGAGGUUCUAGAGGAGGCUCUGGUGGGUUCCGACCCUGAAGGUCCUCUGUGUGAGCUGCUGUUCUUCUUCCUGUCAGCCAUCUUUCAGGCUCUGGCUGAGGAGCAGGAGGAGGUGGCCAAAGACCAGGCUGAAGACCUGUCGGAGGCUCUGGAUGACGACUGUGAUGUCACUCAGUCGGCUCUGAGUGCCGUCGCCUCAUUGGCUGCGGCCUGGCCUCAGCUACAUCAGGGCUGCAGUCUGAGGAAGUUGGACCUGGACAGCUGCACACUGUCAGAGAUCCUGCGGCUGCACAUCCUAGCGUCUGGUGCUGAUUGUUACCACGGUAACGCCAAGUUCCGCUACCAGAAGCAGGGUGGCUUCACGCUGACGGACGACCCAUGUGUUGAGCUGCGAUUGGCUGAACCAGCGCUGCUGAAGAAGUUGUCGAGCACAGCGGUGUACGACCUGACACCAGGGGAGAAGCUGAAGAUCUUACAGGCUCUUGUGGGGAAGCUGCUGACGUUAGCGUCCAGCAGAGAUGUGAUUGAAGACUGUGUGGAAGAUCAAAGAGCCGCCAAACAGGAACUGAGAGAAAUCAGAGCUGAACAACACCGCCGCGACAGAGAGGAGGCUGCACACAGGGUUCGUCUUCGUAAAGAGGAGAAGCUGAGGGAGCAGGAGCAGAGGAUGAAGGAGAAGGAGGAGAGACUGAAGGAGCAGGAGGUUAAGGGAGGACUCCAAACUAAUAGUGAGACUCGUGUAGAACCAAAUGCUGAAGAAGAUGAGGAGCAAAACUCAUCGUCCAACAAGAAGAAGCGUCAAGCUAAACUGAACCAGAAAGAGAAACAGCAGCUGAUGACCUCUGACCCCAAACCCUCGUCUUGCCCCCCCAGCAGUCUGACUGCUGAGGAGCUGGAGAGCGAACAGGAGAAGGUUCGAGAGCUGCUGGAGCGGAUUCAGAAGGCGGCAGCCUGCACCUGCCUGCUGCCUCUAGGCAGAGACCGCCUGUAUCGCCGCUACUGGCUCCUCCCUUCAGCCUCCACCCUGUUUGUGGAGGAGGACUGCUUCGGCCUCACAGAGGACAUGCUGCAACCGAACCCCAAACCUGCGCAGGACGCCACCAUCAAGAUGGAGGACGAGGAGGUGAAGGAGGAGCCUGCAGAGGGAAGUACUGGCUCAAACCCCGCCCCUCUCCACACAUGUGGACCGCCUGUCAAACGUCCCAACCAAUGGUCCUUCUACAACUCGGUGGAGGAGGUGGAUCAGCUGAUCGAGGCCCUGAAUCCCCGAGGUCACCGCGAGAGCAGCCUGAAAGAAGCACUGCUGCAGGAGAGGGAGAGACUGCAACGCCUGCUGUUGGACUGUGAUGGGAGCAAGUACAGCCAUACAGAUCACCCAGAGUCGUCCCGAUCAGUCCCAGAAUGCACUUCUUCAGCUGAGACUCUGAUGGAGGGCAGACUGAGAGACCUGCUGCUGGACAUUGAGGACCGGAUCCACCAGGGAACUCUGGGAACUCUGAAGGUGAUGGACCGACAGGUGUGGCGCUCAGCGCUGGAAGAAGGAAACUACGACCUGCUGAGUUCUGAAGGCCGAGAGAACGGAGGGGUGAACGGACGGGAGGAGGCCAUGGAGGUAGACUCACCUGCACACCUGAGAGCCAGAGACAGGCUGCAGGAGCUGAAGGCAGACAGCGUGGUGUCCUGCAGCGGCUCUGGGACUCCUCAGGUCGUCAGCAGCUCAGUACGAAUCCUGGCUCAGGCCCUUGCUCACAUCGAGCAAGGCAUCGAGAGACGCUUCCUCAAAGCUCCACUGGGUGAGGACGACUCAAAGAAAGAACAGAAGAUGAAGAAGAACAAGAAGAAGGACGACGACCAGGCCAGUGACGACGGCAGUGACAGUGGUCGCGUCAGUAAGACGGUAUUGGAGCGAUGGAGGGAGUCUCUGCAGUCUUGCUCAAGUCUGUCUCAGGUGUUUGUCCACCUGUCCAGUCUGGAGAGAAGUGUCCUCUGGUCUCGCUCCAUCCUCAACGCUCGCUGUCGCAUCUGCAGACGCAAGGGAGACGCUGACAACAUGCUACUGUGUGACGGCUGUGACAGAGGACACCACACCCACUGUCUGAGGCCCCGCCUCAAGUCGGUCCCAGAGGGUGACUGGUUCUGUCCAGACUGUCGACCCAAACAAAGAUCUAGCCGCCUACCGUCCCGUCAGCGCUCCUCUAUCGACGAGGAGGAGGAAGAGGAGGAGGAUAAAGAAGAAGAGGAGGAGGAAGAGGAGGAGUCAGAUGAAGAAGAGGAGUCUGAGGAAGAGGAGGAGUCAGAGGAGGAGGAGGAGGAGGAGGAAGAAGUCGUUGUGAGCACCAAGAAGAACUUGGCCCCACCCCUGAAAGGCAAGAACCAGCAGGUCACACCCAAGAACCAGCAGGUCACACCCAAGAACCAGCAGGUCACACCCAAGAACCAGCAGGUCACACCCAAGAACCAGCAGGUCACACCCAAGAACCAGCAGGUCACACCCAAGAGCAGCUCGGCCUCAGCAGGGAAGAAUUCAGCAGCUUCUAAAUCCUCAGGGAGAAAAGCCACACCCCCCACUGUGAAGGCCAACGUAGUGUCUGGAGGUAAACCUGCUGCCCGCUCUGGGAGUCGAGUCAGUGUCCGUCUGAGCCAGGAGAUCCUUCCAACAAACAGCAACAGUAAGACCUCACCUGGUCAGAGUGAGGCCCGUAAGAGACCGCCCACAGAUGUGACUCCCCCUCCCAAACCCUCCAAACCCGUCCUCCCACCUUCAUCUUCCGCUCGCUCGUCUUCGUCCAGUCGACGCUCCUCUGGCAGGAACCACGGCGUCCACGAGUUGUCGGCCUGCGAGCAGCUGACGGUGGAGCUGGUCCGGCAUGAAGACAGCUGGCCCUUCAUGAAGCUGGUGUCCAGGACUCAGGUCCCUGACUACUAUGACAUCAUCAAAAAGCCAAUUGCUCUGAGCACCAUCAGAGAGAAAGUCAACAACUGUGAAUAUCAAACAGCAGGUGAGUUUGUCUCAGACGUGGACCUGAUGUUCUCUAACUGUCUGCAGUAUAAUCCUCGUCACACUAACGAGGCGAAGGCCGGUCACCGCCUGCAGCAGUUCUUCCACUCAGAGCUCAGCAGACUCGGCCUAUCAGAGCGCGGGCCCACCCCGCCCGCCAAACGCUCCCGACACUGAACCGAACGCCCCCUCUGACCUCAGAGUCAGGGAUGAGACCUGGUCCUUCAUGACUUCUGACUCCUGUGACUUGUCAAUCUGUACUGUGAUGAAACACAGAGGUCAAAGGUCAUGAAUAUACAGUUCCACUGAGCUCACCUGAGACACCCAAGUGUGUCCUCACUGAUCAGCUGAUCAAACCCUCCUGAGUCCAUAGUGAAGUGUUAGUUUUUACUCUGACCUGCUAGAUUAUGCUCAGGUGUCUCCUCCUGUCUUUGGACAGGCGGGGACAGCAGACAUUCCUGUGGUGCUGUAAGACAGACAGACAGACUGUACAGACAGACAGACUGUGCAGACAGACAGAGAGACAGACAGACUGUGCAGACAGACAGAGAGACAGACAGAGAGACAGACAGACAGAGACUGUGC